CCACACAACACCGUCGCCAUGGGUAGGGUUAUUCGCAACCAACGUAAGGGUCGCGGCUCUAUCUUCACGGCCAACACCCGCUUGAACAAGGCCCCCGCCCAGUUCCGUGUCAUCGACUACGCUGAGCGCAAUGGCUACAUUCGGGGUGUCGUAAAGGAGAUUGUCCACGAUUCCGGUCGUGGCGCUCCUCUCGCCAGGGUCACUUUCCGCAACCCAUACCGAUUCAAGCACAACACCGAGACUUUCAUCGCCAACGAGGGCAUGUACACUGGCCAGUUCAUCUACGCCGGAAAGAACGCCGCCCUCACCAUCGGCAACAUCCUCCCCCUCCACGCUGUUCCCGAGGGAACCGUCCUCACCAACGUCGAGGACAAGAACGGCGACCGUGGUGCGCUCGGACGUACCUCCGGUAACUACGUGACGGUCAUCGGCCACAACCCUGAUGAGGGCAAGACCCGUGUCAAGCUCCCAUCUGGCGCCAAGAAGGUCCUCCCCAGCUCGUGCCGUGGUAUGGUCGGUAUCGUCGCCGGUGGCGGCCGAACAGACAAGCCUCUCCUCAAGGCCUCGCGUGCUAAGCAUAAGUUCGCUGCCAAGCGCAACAGCUGGCCCAGGACUCGUGGUGUUGCCAUGAACCCCGUCGACCAUCCCCACGGUGGUGGUAACCACCAGCAUAUCGGUAAAGCCUCGACCAUCUCCCGAUACGCCGUACAGGGACAAAAGGCCGGUCUCAUCGCCGCCAGGAGGACGGGUCUGCUCCGUGGUACCCAGAAGGUCAAGGAUUAGAGUGUUUGAUAUGGUGGCGUCGAUGUGGGUUAUGGACAAUGAUGCGGUCGGUUAUUCUCUCCAGGCCUUUCCAUGCUGGAGGCCGGGCGUUAUUACGAAACUUCUCGGCAAGCUAGGCUUUUCACGGCUUGCAUGCAUGAUGGGUUCAUAGGGAAUGUGAUUCCGAAAAAUGCAUCUGGUCUGCACCUGGAAACGUGAUAUGAUUCAAUCAACUAUUCCAAUCCAUGCAGUUCCUGAUG